AUGUUCUCAAGAAAUGCAAGAACAACGGCUAAGAGGUCGUUGGCGUCUUACGCCAAAUUCGCUAACGUACCAAAGAACUUACAAUCCCGUACACCACCAUACGCUAAGCUUUUAGCAAACUUGGAAAAGGUUAAAAAGAUAACAAAUAAUACACCUUUGACUCUGGCUGAAAAGAUCCUGUAUUCCCAUUUAUGUGAUCCUGAAGAAUCGUUGACCUCAUCUAACCUCGAGGACAUUCGUGGGAAGGAAUACUUGAAGCUAUAUCCCGAUCGUGUAGCUAUGCAAGAUGCUUCCGCUCAAAUGGCAAUGUUACAAUUCAUGACAACUGGGUUACCUGACACUGCCGUCCCUGCUUCAUUCCAUUGUGAUCAUUUAAUCGUUGGUAAGAAUGGUGAGGCAAAGGAUUUACCAUCAUCCAUUGAAACUAAUAAAGAAGUUUUCGAUUUCUUGGAAAGUUGUGGUAAGAAAUAUGGUAUUCAAUUUUGGGGACCAGGUUCAGGUAUUAUUCAUCAAAUCGUCUUGGAAAACUUCUCUGCUCCAGGUUUAAUGAUGUUAGGUACUGAUUCACACACUCCAAAUGCUGGUGGGUUAGGUGCCAUUGCCAUCGGUGUUGGUGGUGCUGAUGCUGUAGAUGCAUUGACUCAUACUCCUUGGGAAUUGAAGGCUCCUAAAAUAUUAGGGGUUAAAUUAACUGGUCACUUGAGUGGAUGGUCUGCUCCAAAGGACGUCAUUAGUAAGAUUGCCGGUAUGUUAACCGUGAGAGGUGGUACUGGCUAUAUAGUAGAAUACUUUGGUGAAGGUACCUCAACUUUAUCAUGUACUGGUAUGGCUACCAUUUGUAAUAUGGGUGCCGAAAUUGGUGCUACCACUUCUACAUUUCCAUACCAAGACGCUCACAAACGUUAUUUACAAGCUACUGGUAGAGGUCCAAUUGCUGAAGCAGCUGAUGUUGCAUUAAACGAAUAUGGAUUCCUAAGACCUGAUAAGGGUGCCCAAUAUGAUAAGGUUAUUGAAAUUAAUUUAUCCGAAUUGGAACCUCAUGUCAAUGGACCAUACACCCCUGAUUUAUCUACGCCAAUUUCAAAAUAUGCUGAAACAAGCUUAAAGGAAAAAUGGCCACAAAAUAUUUCUGUUGGGUUAAUUGGUUCAUGUACUAACUCAUCAUAUCAAGAUAUGAGUCGUGUGGUGGAUUUGGUUCAACAAGCUGCUGCUGCCGGUUUAAAACCAAAGAUUCCAUUUUUUGUCACGCCAGGUUCUGAACAAAUUAGAGCCACUUUGGAAAGAGAUGGUAUUAUCCAAAUCUUUAAAGAUAAUGGCGCUAAAGUGUUAGCUAAUGCCUGUGGUCCAUGUAUUGGUCAAUGGGAUAGAGAAGACGUCCCAAAGGCUACAAAUGAAGUCAACUCUAUCUUCACAUCUUAUAACAGAAAUUUUAGAGCUAGAAACGAUGGUAAUAGAAAUACAAUGAACUUUUUAACUUCUCCAGAAAUUGUUACAGCAAUGAUUUAUUCUGGUAAUGCCCAAUUCAAUCCAUUAACUGAUGCCAUCAAGUUAGAUAAUGGUAAAGAGUUUAGGUUUCAAGCUCCAACUGGGGAUGAAUUACCACAAAAAGGUUUUGAACAUGGUAGAGACGAAUUUUAUCCAGAUUUGGAACCAACUUCAAAUGCAGAUGUUGAAAUUAAGGUUUCUCCUGAAUCUGAUCGUCUACAGUUAUUGUAUCCAUUCGAUGCUUGGAGUGGGAAGGAAUUGAAGACCACUGCUCUUAUGAAGGUGGAAGGUAAGUGUACCACAGACCAUAUCUCUGCUGCUGGUGUUUGGUUGAAAUAUAAAGGUCAUUUGGAAAAUAUCUCUUAUAACACUUUAAUUGGUGCUCAAAAUAAGGAAACUGGUGAAGUUAACAGAGCUUAUGAUAUUGAUGGAAAGGGCUAUGAUAUCCCAGGUUUAAUGAUGAAAUGGAAGGAAGAAGGUAGACCUUGGACUGUUAUCGCGGAAGAUAACUAUGGGGAAGGUUCUGCUAGAGAACAUGCAGCUUUAUCUCCAAGAUUCUUAGGAGGGCAAAUAAUCCUUGUAAAAUCCUUUGCUAGAAUUCACGAAACUAACUUAAAGAAACAAGGUAUGUUGCCAUUGACUUUUGCUGAUGCCGCUGAUUAUGAUAAAAUUACAGCUGGUGACAUCUUGGAAACCUUAAAUCUUGUAGACAUGGUUGCCAAGGACGGUAAUAAUGGUGGUUUCUUGGACGUUAAAGUUACUAAACCAGAUGGUACUUCUUUCAUUAUUAAGACCAAGCAUACAAUGUCUAAAGAUCAAAUUAACUUUUUCAAGGCCGGUUCAGCCAUCAAUUACAUUGGUAACAUACGAAGAGCUGAAAAGGCUGCUAGAGAGAGCAAGCAAUGA